CAAUGAAGGAGCCCAUCUUUUCUCCAGAUGUCAUGACAUUCGCAUUUUGACACAAGGACAUGGGAAAAACCUAGGCCCUGGGAUGACGUCUGUGUCCCGUUUUCUUCUCUGCCUGUCUCAGUAAUCACCUGGCCGCGGCUCUGCUGAAUCUGAAUGCCAAUGGGGAAAACAAAGCCAGUCCAACUUUUUGUUUGAGUGACUAUUCACACACAUCAUUUGGAGGCAUUCACCCAUCUCAGAAAUACAGUCCUUAUCAUAUACCCCAGGCGGAAACUGGAGAACCAGAUUAGCUUUGGAAACAAAACUCCUUUUAGUUUCAUUUCUCACACACACAGAAGUUAUCCGGUAUCUAGCAGCGAAGGAACUCAAAUCCCCACCCUGCCGCUCAGCAGGUGAUGAGAUAGAAGUGGGAAGUAAACAAUCAAAACUCCAUUUGUAACGCAGCACACUUUGGAGUGUCCUCACGAACAUCUGGAGAGAUGAAGAAGCUGAACAUGGAUUCUUGGAGAGAAAUGUUUUAUGAGAAGAUAGAGGAGGUGAACCCACAAGACUAUUGGGACCUAAAGAUGCACCAGAACCUUGAUUACAAUGACUUGGGACCUGGUUGGAAACAAUCACUGCAAGAACAUGCAUUUGCCAGCUUCCAGUGCUCAUCUUGCCAGCAUUUCUGGUCAUCAAGUCAAGUGGUUAUUCUGUUCCAUAUGUACCUGGACCAGCACAGGAGAAAAGGUUGGGUGAAGAUGAGAGUCUUUAGACAAGAAUGUUAUGAAUGCUCUGAGGGUAAGUUAGAAGAGCCAAAUUUCAAGGAGGAAAGCGUCCAGAAGGUCUUGGAGAACUUGGUCAUCAGCAUUAGAGAGAAAUGCUAUGGAGAGUAUGUGGCCCAGUUAUCUGAGGUUACAGUGAUAGGCCGGCACUAUGGACCACAUCGGAGUGACCAUUGUGAGGCUUGUCGGUUGGGAAUACAUCAGAGGCCCAAACACACGAUGUAUUAUGGAAGACCCAAGGACAUAGUGUACCAUGGGACAUCCAAAGACACAAUGCCACCAGUUCAGCUACCAUCACACAAUUUACCCCAGGGCACAAUUUGCGGUAGUUUUGUGUUUUGCUGUGUUUUAUGGACUAUUUUGAUUUUUAUUUAUAUGAACAGUUGGAUACUAAAGCUAGUGGGGGUAAACCCCCUCGAUUCAUGAAUAAUUGCAAAUACAAAUAGUGGGGGUAAACCCCCUCGAUUCAUGAAUAAUUGCAAAUACAGUCAGCUAGUUUUGUUUGCUCUGACUGGUGAGCUUGUAUUUCUUAUUUUACCUGAGUGUGUAGAUAAUUACUAGGGAUUCAAGAACAUUUUUGAAGUCCCCAAAAACUUCAUGAAGUCUGGUGGGAAUGAUUCUGCGUCGGAAAAUUCUACCCAGAACUACAUCAUUCAUCCCUCGCUUUUCUCUAGUUAUUGUUCUCCUGUUUGAAAACUUCCAGUUGGCUAAUCAAGGAGCAGAAACAAUACCACAUGACUUAGGUGACCAACCACACACCAGGAGUAACAAAUGGCUAAAACGAACAGUUUGUGAACAGUCCAAGAGACUGAAAUUAUUUGUCUGGACUAUUUGGCAAAGCUAAAUAACCAACACGUUGGAUCCAUGAACCUAGAAAGGAGCUACGUUAAUAAUGAACAUGAUUUGUGACGACUUAUGCAGCUGGCUCCAUCUGUUACCUUCCUGCUUUUUAAGGCAUUUGACAUGGAAAACUGAACAAGGAGAGAGACUGGAUUUAGCAACUGAACUAUUUGAGGAAAGAUGGGCCAAAGGAAAUGAGCUAAUUCAAAAGAGAAUCAUACCAAUGUCAGGCUGGAGGGGAACUCAAGAGGUCAUCUAGUCCACCCCCACUCCCAUGCUAAGGCAGGAUAAAGUAAGCCUAGACCAUCCCGGAUAGAUGUUUGUCUACCCUGCUUUCAAAAACCUUCAGUGACGGAGAUUCCACAGCUCACUUGGCAACCUGUUCCAGCGCCUAGCUAUCCCUAAAGUUUUUCCUGAUAUCCAACCUAAAUCACCAUUGCUGCAAACAAAACCCAUUACUUGUCCUACCCUUGGUGGACAUGGAGAACAAUUGAUCACCGUCCUCUUGCCUUGGACAGAGUUGAAGAGAGUUAUCACAUCUCCCUCAGCCUCCUCUUCUCUAGACUAAACAUGCCCAAAAUCGUGGAUCCAACUUUUACAAAAACGAUAUGUAUCCCUAAUGCAACUCAUAACACCGACUGCUUCGCUGUGAUGUAGUCAGUUACCUUUUGUGUUUGUCACCCUUUUUUCCCCUUGUGCAGGAAAUGAAUUGUUCCGUCAAUAAUUGUGUGCCUCUUUAAAAAAAAGUAAGUAACUGAAAAAACCAAGGUGAUGGGGAAGCUUAGUUGCUGUCUCUUUAAAUGCCAUAAUGCAGGUUGGGUAGUUACAAAGCCACAUGUGUAAUGUUGUGGUUAACAGUGAAGCAACUCUUCGGUUUGCCCUUGAAAUGGGUUGUUCCUGUUGACUAAUAUACGCUGACUAGCAUACUUACAUUUUACGCUGCUAAUACCACCCGCAAUAUAUAUUCCAAGCAUUUAAGUCUAUAUAUUAUUAAGCAUUAAUACAGCAGUUGUAUAGCCCAAAUUGGCCUGUAACUUUAUUAUGAUUUGUUCACUUAUGCUAAGUGUCCCAUAACACCUCUCAUUAGCUGAAAUUGACUUUGGCUUAAGUAGAUGCGAAAACGGUCAGGAUCAGGACAUGUGAGCAUUGCCUCAUAGCUACCGUGUCAAGCCUGUUUAUCCUGGUACAGGCUGAAAGGGUGUCUUCACACCCCUUAAGACCUGGAAAGCAUGUGGUCAGAAGAACAAAAGCUACACUGUGGUACCAGGAACAAACAAGGUGAAAAGCUGAUUAAUGAAAUCCAGUUUCAGGUGAUGUAUGUACUAGCUUUUACUGGUAAAUAAGUAGGGUAUAAAAAGAUGGCUUUAGGGCUGUCACUUUGGGGAACACACCUGGCACGGAGCUGCUCUGCGGAGACUGGUAUCGUAUAGAACCUUUGCCCUAGACCAUAUUAAUAAACCUGAGUGACAUUGAUUAUUUAGUCUCUUGAAUAUAUUUCAUAAUGAACCAAAGGGGGGUGAAGCAACUGACUAGACAAUUUACUCACAGUUCUAAGGAUUCUUUUGUAGCCUGGAUCCAGUGUUUCCUCUCCCUUGGCUGGGGAGUGGGGCGGGCAUAGGCUCACCCAUCACAGUACCAACUUCUGCACCAAAUGAAGCAGGGGCUAUCUAGCCUCAUUUGCUUCUCAGGCCUGCGUCAUUCCCAAGAACCACCUCUCUUGUGCACUGAAAGAAGCAGAGGUCCUGGGGAAAAUAUAGUGCCCGAUCAUGUAAACUACCUUAUCAGAAUUCAUAGGCACAAGGGAGCUGGAUUAAAGCUGCACGGGCGACCUUAGUGCUGGCAUUUCCGGAAUUCAGGAGGUUGCAGUCUUAAUGUUUCGAAACGCCCGCUCUGUCCAUUUCUCCCUUGUGUCCAAGGGGCAGCGCUGACUCGGCUCAAGGAGGUGUUUGAGUUACACACAUCGGAUGGGCACAGAUAAUCCUCACUUGUAACCAUUCCCUGUUGCAGGCAAUCAGAGAUGCUGCUGCGUGGCCUUGCUUAGUGCAACUGUGCGAUGCUCCCACAAGGUGCUCUUCCGGUGUGACUCGAUGUCUCCUGCCAGCUCUUGCCUGUCCCGGUACACAUGCACACUCACACCCUCUGUCUCACACAUGGGCACGUUGUUCAUGUACGUGCAGAUGAGACCGAAAUGAAACGACACACUAAGAGCUCUGACGUGGGCCCCAUGCACCUGAGGCCCCUCUGACUUUAGGAGCCUCCCCGAGGUUCCUCAGUGGAAGAAGGGGCUUGGAGCGGGUGCUGAUUUCAGUCACGCUCACCUUCCAUCCCCUCCUUUGCUGCACCAGGCCCAGGUGGUGACCAAACGCCCCACCCCACCAUUUGCGCUUGAGUCUUCAUUCCCACUGGCAGGGAACGGCCAGGAAAGUGCCACUCCCCAAACCAGGGGUUUGGCUGCUGGAACAAUGUCUGGGACUGAACGGCUCGGGAGGCCAGGCCUGGCCAACGCUCUCACCCAGAACAAUGCCGGGUGCUGUGCCCGAGAUGCUCCAUUCCAGUCAAUAGGAGAGGGACUUCCACAGUCCCCAGGCAAAGCAGACUGUCCAGGGGUUCUCUCCAGCUCCGAUGUCGGGGGGUUUGUGCUGCAUCCCUUCCCCCGCUUCUGAGGGGAGUGUGUGUGUGUGUGUGUGCGCGUGGGUAUGACAGCAUUGCCCAGCGCUAGUUGUGAUGCCCCUUGUCUCUGCUGGGAACGCUCUGUCUGUUCCAAAGAAACACACUGACUGUUGGUUUCCAUUGUGCACCAGCCCCAAGUCUAAUCACGCCAUGCCUAAUGGCAUUCCUGGGACGGAUGCUAUAGAAACGUACCGGGCCUCAUUUUCUUUGCUAAAAAAACAUUUCUUCAAAUAAAAAGGAGAUUCUUAAACAACUUCUUCUUGUAGCUUCUCUGCCACAGACUUCUGGUGUGACCUUGGCAUGUCUCUUAUUCUCUCUGGGGAAAGGAGGAUGAAGAUCAUUGUUUUGUCCCACUCGUUGUCUGUCUAGACUGUAAGCUCUUCAGGACAGGGCCUGGCUCUCGCUGCGUGUUUGGACAGUUCCCAGCACAAACUGGAAUACAGAUGUUACAAUUCUGAACUCAGCAGCAACCUAAUCUACCCUCACAGUGGUUUUCUGUCUAAUUUAAUCGCUCUGCCUGUAGGCAUUUUUAGGGCAGUAUCUUUGUGCCAUUGACUUCAUCUGAGUAACUCCGUUUUUACCCUGGUGUCCAUGAGAUCAGAAUCUGGCUCUGAGUCCUUCCAACUCCCCCUUUGAAGACACAACUCCCUUUGGUAAACGUCCCAGGAAAGGAAUUUGGUUUCUUUUGAAGUAAAGCUUCCGUCCCCUCCUGCUCAAGAAUCUCCCUUAGUCAUUCUCCUUUCUUCUUCCUUGACUGAGUUUACACAAUAAUCGAUCAGUGAAAGGAAUUCAUGGCAGGCUCAGGUACUGCGGCUGGAUAACAGCUGGCUUACUGACCACUGGGCAUUACGAGAAAUAGUUCGAUCAGAGUUUAAAAAAUAAUAUUAUUGAGCAGUUAUAUUUUUGGAGGACAGGGCAAGCAUUCCUGGACCAUGGUUACCUCCAUUUUGCAGAUGGAGAAACUGAGGCACGCAGCGGUAAUGUGAUGUAGCGCAGAAAGGCUGGGAUUCAGUCUCAGUUCUUGGUGGAGGUGGAGCGCCAGAGCAGAAUUUUGCAGCAGAGCCAUGCUGUUACCUAGCUCCUCUGUGAUGGCCGAGGAGCACAGAGUUACAGCUCGUGUGUGUGUGUGUGUGUGUGUGUGUGU